AUGGCUUGCGAUCAUACUUUACCCGUUUGUGACCGUUGCAAGCGAAGAAAAGUCGUUGCGAAAUGCAUCUAUUUAUCUGCCCCUAUGACCCGGCCCUCGGUUACAGGAUCACUCCCUCGAACAGCCCAGGAGUUAAGUGAGGAGGAGAAUCGUGUCUUACCUCACAAGCUUACACCAGCGUCAACCAUCUCUUCCACCCCAAUUGCUUCCCCUUCGCCACAGCUCGCCUCCCCAACAUCAGCUGUUCGCCACCGUGCCACCAUACCCAGGACCCCGUCUUCAAACGAUAUACCUCAGAGUAAAUCAGCUGGAGGAUUCUUCGGGCCUACAUCUUUCUCUGCUGUAUUCCUCGAGAACAAACACUCAUUCGGUGCAGACAACGCUGAUAUAAAUAUCACCAACGACUCGGCUGAACGGGAUCCCCUUCAGUCAUUAGAGAGCUUGCAAUCUCAGACAUUCCUUAUGCUUGCUGGAAGUCUUGAUCAUGGAUGUAAUCCCAGGAUAGCACUGGGAGCCAAGCUUUUGAAAGCGUUCCCAGAUAGACACACCUUCAAUUUCCUGCUAGAAUGGUUCUACGAGAAGUGCCAUGAGCAGUCGAUACUCAAGCAUGCUGUGAUGAGCUGCGCAGAGAGCAUCUGGUCAACUUAUGGGCAUUUUCUCAAGGAACCACGGUCAAAGGAAGGAAUGGAACGGUUCUCCAAGAUCUUGUGUGAAAACUCUCAGAAAGUACUUCAGGAACCUAGUGGAUCUCAAGACUACGCCAAAUGGUUGGACUCUUUUAGUGGGGAUAACCUCAGGUGGGAGAUUCUAGGUUUGGUAUACUCGGCUCUUACUAGUGCCACGCUCAGUCUACCGGAGAGAGAUGCCUUUUUCUGUACUCAGAAGGGAAGUCGAAGGGAUAGGAAAGUCUUUGCUGUGGAGAUGAAGGAUUGUGUUCAAGCUUGUGUUACUCUGAGUAAUUAUAUGGAUCUAAUCAAUUUUCCAAUGGUUGCUUUGUUAGCGAAGAACUUGGUAUUACAAACUGUAAUCAGUGGAGAUACGAGCUUGGUUGUUUGGCGGCAACUUGGUGAUCUACUCAGCAGCUCGACUGCUUUAGGUCUGCAUCGACAAGUGGAUAACGGCCAGCCAGUGACCUUCCUUACAGAGCAGAAGAAGAGACUGUUCAGUGUCAUCUUCAACAUGGAUAAGAGCUCUUCCUUACUCACUGGGAGGCCACCCGCCCUGAGCUAUCGGUAUACAAGGUUCACACAUCCGUUGGAUCUUAGCGACGACCAGAUAAUGGCGGGCGGCACUGUGCUAGCAGAUGCCAUCGCUCGGCUCGACCCCGAUGGCUGGAACGUGGAUGGUAAAAUCUACCAAGCGACGAAGGCUCGCGCACGAGGAAAACUGUCUAUCGUUUUGGACGAAAUCCUGGAGUUGUCUCUUGGCGACUUUAAUGACUGUACUGAGCAGCGUAUCACACAUCUACUUGCCAAAUUGACCCAAACCUACGAAGACUUCCCCUCAUUUCUAAAAUUCUCCCUCUCCGACCCCGGCGUCAAAAACAUGCCCGACAAAAUCUUCUGGAACACCCUCACGCUCCGCCUGACCUUCCUCGAACAUCGCCUCCUGCUCGAAAGACUAGCUCACAAACAAAACAUCCUCGGCGGUCAAUCAAUGGUCGACUGCGCUCGCGAAAUCCUCGAACUCGUCGUCCUCAUCUGGGUCCAAAGAGACCGAAUCGUCGAACACCAACACGAUUUCGACUGGAUGCUCAUGUGCUGGGGUGUGCCUUCCGCUGGUGUCCUCUGCGUCGAACUGCUCAAACAACUCAAACACCCACAUCUCCCCGGCCCCAAAAUCGCCCGCUCAGAAAUCGUACAAAAUCUAAGUCUCCUCAUCGGCUUCCUAGAAUGGGUUCGGCCCGCCGCAGGCAACUACCAACUCUGCGGCCGCAUGCGACUUAUCAUCAAGCGCAUCCUCGAUCAAAUCCUCGACCCGUCUCCGCCAUCUUCACAACCUCCUCCUGCUUCCGCGCCGUUACAGGAAGUCGCGACCCCGCAAGCUCCGGCUGUGGACACUCACAUGGGCGGCCAACAGUUCGAUUCUGCUAUGACUGCUGGUAUGAAUGCCGGGUUGAUGGUGGGGCCAUUCGACACGGCUAUUCCGCCGCCCGCAGCGUUCGAUACAGCGAAUUACGAUGGGUUGUUGGAUGAUUUGGAUUGGUUGAAUAAUGUGGAUUGGGGGAGAGGGCCGUAUCAUGAUCUUAAUACAGGGCAGGAUUUGACGGCUGUUAGGUGGAGUGGGACGGGGGGUUUUUAG